CCCCAACUGUAACCGUAGGACAUGGAUCAUCUCCCAGCUCCGAACGCACGGGUCAGGAAAGCCCCCAGAGGCCAGCCCCUCCCGAGGGCAGGUGUCUUUUUCUCCGCCCCGCCACCCACGGCUUGCCUGGGGAGUGCAGGUCCUAAUCUGAAGGAGUGGCUGAGGGAGCAGUUUUGUGACCAUCCGCUGGAGCACUGUGAGGACACAAGGCUCCAUGAUGCAGCCUACGUGGGGGACCUCCAGACCCUCAGGAGCCUGUUGCAAGAGGACAGCUACCGGAGCCGCAUCAACGAGAAGUCUGUCUGGUGCUGCGGCUGGCUGCCCUGCACACCGCUGAGGAUCGCGGCCACUGCCGGCCAUGGCAACUGUGUGGACUUCCUUAUCCGGAAAGGGGCCGAGGUGGACCUCGUGGAUGUAAAGGGACAGACCGCCCUGUACGUGGCUGUGGUGAACGGGCACCUGGAGAGCGCCCAGAUCCUCCUGGAAGCCGGCGCCGACCCCAACGGGAGCCGGCACCACCGCAGCACCCCAGUCUACCACGCCUCGCGUGUGGGCAGGGCUGACAUUCUGAAGGCCCUCAUCAGGUACGGGGCUGACGUUGAUGUCAACCACCACCUGACUCCUGACAUCCGGCCCCCUUUCUCGCGGCGCCUCACCUCCCUGGUGGUCUGCCCCUUGUACAUCAGCGCAGCCUACCACAACCUCCAGUGCUUCAAGCUGCUUCUCCAGGCGGGGGCGAACCCCGACUUCAACUGCAAUGGCCCCGUCAACACGCAGGGCUUCUACAGGGGCUCCCCCGGCUGCGUCAUGGAUGCCGUCCUGCGCCACGGCUGCGAGGCCGCCUUCGUGAGCCUGCUCGUGGAGUUUGGAGCCAACCUGAGCCUGGUGACGUGGGACUCCUUGGGCCCAGAGUCGAGAGGCAGAAGGAAGGUGGACCCCGAGGCACUGCAGGUCUUUAAAGAGGCCAGAAGUGUCCCCAGGACCUUGCUGAACCUGUGCCGGGUGGCUGUGAGAAGAGCUCUUGGCAAAUACCGACUCCAUCUGAUUCCCUCGCUGCCUCUGCCGGACCCCAUAAAAAAGUUUCUGCUCUACGAGUAGAGCUCAGAUGCGGCGGUCGACUGCGCGAAGAGGAAGGUGACUGCGGUGAAAGCGAACACCGGUCCUGCCCCUGUGAACCAACCACCCCCUGUCCUCCGACCAAGUCCCAUUUGGCUGUUGGUAAAGCAGAAACGGCCUUGUUCCCACGGCUUGUAACUCCAUCUCGGGUGCUGGGGGCACUGGACAGUCCUUGGGUCAUUGUCGGCUGAAAAGUUCAUACAAAACCUAAUUUCGCUCUUCCUCAGUAUCUCUGUUUUGGAUUCUCACAGUCGCAUAUUAACGAAAUGGGCCGUGCCGCGUGUGUCAGGACGGGCUGAGGUUGGAGGCCUGUGGAUAGCUAGCUCCGGCAGGGAGGACUGCUAGCACUUUCCAGAACUGUACUUCCGUUGAUGUUUGUACUUCUCCAUUCAGUUGUUUGAUUCAAGCCUUCUAAUGCCUAAAGGCAAGGAGAGUUUGGUGGAAAAGUAGAGCUCUGGAACGCAGUUCAUGGACGUGCUGGGUUGUUUUCCCUGCCCCCGGGGUGGCCUGUGGCACCUGUCUACACACGGCCCUUCCUUGCCACUGGAGCGUUGUCUUCUCGUGGUGGCCGUGUCCUCCGUUAAUUGUCCUCACUGCACGAGGGUCCCCUGGCCUCACGGAUCGGCUGUGUUGUCUCAGUGCUACGUUUGCUCACCAUCUAAAGAGGCACCUUCCGCAGCGCUGCCCCGUCCUGAUACCGACCGUGCCCGGCACUGCGCCACCGGGUCUCGCGGCUUCUCUUUGAGGAGCUUCCCGACGGGGAUUGAUCUUGGGAGGCGCACAGCGAAGAAGUAGCCAGUAAACUGACUGCCUACACUCGGACCAAGGACCGCUCCAACAGCAUUCACUGCCAGUUCCGACAGAAGGGAGGCCCCGCGGCGCUGCCUCCCAGUCCUUGCGCGCACCGGGACGGGGAGACUCGGUCGUCCUCCGGGUGGUUCCACAGUCUCCGUUGCUUGGUGUCCAGAGGACAAAACGUGCGGCGUUUGGUUGAUUGGUCUUCACCGUUGGGGACCGAACGUCUUGGUCAUUGCUCCUAGAACCCGAGGACGGGGAUAGCGGUGAGGUCAGAGGGCCUCCGCCGGCCUGCUGGGGUGCCGGGAGGUGACAUGAGCCGGGUCACCAUCCCCAAGGCUGCGGUUGUGGGCAGGGCUCACUCACGCCUGGGCUGUGCGGCUCGGCUGUGUCCACAGGGGUGGGGCGGGGCGGGCCGCCGGCUGCCCUUGCAGAGCCCUCCAGGAGAUGCUGCUUCUGGAGAAACCACAUGUGGCACUUUGAAGCCUCUGAGGACCAUUGAGUGGAAGCAUGGCGACUCUAACCUUUGGAAGGCUUUAGAAAUGGGCAGAUUGCAAAUCUGCGUGUAGAUAUUCUGUAAGAAGAGAUACCUUGUUUGUAACAAUUGCACUGAUGAAUGAUACAGGUUUAUUUAAUGACUAACAGCGUUGUAUGUCGUAGCCCAGCAGACAGGCGGUGUCGGUCAUUGUCGUAUACGGCUCGGGGAGAGAAUUCUCAGCCCCGCCUUGUGUGCGGUGGACGGCUCCACCGGAAAGCCGUGCUGUGACCUGCGGGUGCCUGUGUGAGGUCUGAGGGCAGAGGAGUCGCUGGAUGGUUCAGAGGGGAGACGCAGUCACUGGAGGCUUUAUGCGGCUGAAGUGAUCCUGUCACAAGCUCUGGCCGUGCGUGGUGUCGGUGUGGGAUGGCUGUCCGAGCCCGAGAUUGGGCUUGUGUGCCGCCACCAAAGACCUGGGACCCUGGAUGGCUGGCGCGUGCCGAGCCGGGGUCGGUCAUGGCGCAGUCGGGAGCUGCGGGUGCGGGUAGCUGGGGACCAGCGCCAUUAGAGCCACGGCCGAGCGGUGCCGGGGUUUCCGCUGAGAAGGGCUGGGGGUGCUCCUUGUGCACUCAGGGUGGGAGCAGGCCCACGGGCUGUGCCAGGACCUCGGGGAGGUAGGGCUCUGCCUGGGCACAGGGGAGCUUGAGUGCCCCGUGGGUGCACUGGAUGCUGGUAGGGGCAGCGUGUCACUGGAGGUGUGAAAGCCGUGGCUGGUCACCUUGGUAGGCCUGAGAGAGGAGUCCGGAGUAGGUUCACCUUACUUCUCAGCUCUUCCGGCUCUGGGUCCCCUUGCGGCCCAGGUUCUCUGGGUGAGUUGCGUCCGGACUCGGGGCAUGCACGGAGUCUGCCCCGCCGGGUGCUUUCUGCGGAGGCCUGUGAGGGGCAGGGCCUCUCCAGCCCUGCCCAGGGUAGGAGGGUAGCUCCGUUCUCGGACCUUCUGGAAAGCAGCACCUGGGCAUGCGGCCAGUGCAGAGGUCUCGCACCUGUAGGCGCAACCUUCAGGCUGCACGGAGCCAGGGGCCCAGCACAGAGUGGUGUCAGCGUCCAUUGCCCAGUGGAGCAGGUGCAGGGCUGGUUUCUGGGGGGGUGGAACCAUUUUCCCAGGGUCUUUCUAAAAGGAAUGGACUGAGUUGAUCCUCAUAGUUGGGCCUCACCCAGACCUGGCCAGGGAGGUAGCAUGAGUCGGGGGGGGGGGGCGGGUGGCGGGGGUGUCUCCCACUCUGCCCCUAGAAUGUCGCUGUGCCCCAGGGCAGUCUGCAGGGGACUGGGGCCUCAGCAUUUCCUUUGAGGAGGACAGGUCUGAUCAGCCAGACUCCGCUGAUUGUUUCGGAAUCCUAGCAACUUUGAGGUUCAGCCUCUAGUUUGAAACUUCUGCUGCCAAACACAAAUCUGAAAACAGAGAUAGUUGCUUAAGGUCAUUCCUACCUGUUUUGAGUGACACCAUACUAAAGCCUCCUUUCCUUUUGUUGGCAAGGAUAGGAUCCUGGAGAAGAGAGAGUAACUGUCAGAACCCUUCAUAAAAUCGCGUUUCUGAGGCAUGGGGCACCCGAGUGCGGGGUAGCAAGGAAAUGUGGUGAUGAGGCUGCUGCCUGGCUGGGCCCAGAGUCGUCCCCAGGGAGGGGCACAGCGAACCAAUGCGAAGUUGCUGGUGUCCCGCCAGCCUGGUCCCAGGAGUGUCCUUACUGUCCCCACACAAGGGGCCUUGGCUGCUGUGGACAGAUGGGCAGGGAUUAGGGUCCGGGGCAGCGUCGAUGUCUGAGAAUUCAGCUCUGGCGUCCUGGGUGGGGAUUUUGAGUACAUUUCCCAAAGCCAUCGAUGUCACGCCCAGCCGUGCCUUUUCAUGUUAUUUAUGUUAUUUAUGUAUUUAUUUAUUUAUGCCCUGCCUUGCUCACGGAAAGGGAUCAAGGCAGCGAUGCUUGGCUUUUGAUGUUCUGUUUUGAUCUUUGCUAAGGUUCCGUCAACACGCAUCUGUCAGGUGAUUUUGAAAAGAGACGACAGCUAGCAGUUUCCUCAUGUUGACUGUGUUUCCGUUUUCAGGCUUAAGUGCCGUCCUCUUUUCUUUUUUCCCUCUCCCACGAGUUGGUUCUGUAAACACAGGUUGGGGCAGAAGGAGGGGAGGAACGUGCCGUGCCGCGAGCGUGGGCCUGAGCAAAGGGAGAUCGGCCUGAGAGAGACGCGCUUUGUGCUUUUCCGCUCCCUGCCGUGUGGCCCGGGCAGGUCCCAGGUGACGUGGAGGCUGUGCUCUCACACUGGCAGCCGGUUGACUGUGCCUUCCCACGGGACUUCAUGAGGACGCGUGGGAGAGUGUGUGAUGGCACUUUGUGCACGAGCGGUCCCUGUGACUGUUGUCCUUCUUCUCAGCGGAUAUGCGUUAGAGGUGAUGAUGGUGCUGAAGAGUCUGUGACCUUGGGGAUCGGGCUUGUCCUUUGUGUCCCAUGGGGCAACGAAGGUCAUGGGAGCCCACAGCGUAGGCCUUGGCACAGGGGGUUCUGGGCAGGUCACAAGGAUAAGGACAUGUGUUAAAUAACGUACAAAGUCAGGUUUAUUCGACCUAAAGGAUCAUAUUUUAUUCUGAGAUAAUGACCUUCCUAAUUUGGGUGAUAAAACGUACUUUUGUGUAAUCAAGGAGAUAAUAGAGGGCAAUAUUUUUAUUUUUUAAAAUGCUCUUGGUUAUAAUAUAUUGGCUGCUCUGUGUCAAGCCCCAGAAUUUCUUUCUAAGUUUGCCAGUCUCUUAGGUCUCAAAGUCAGGGAACCCCGCGGUCUAGCUAUGGUGUGUGUUUACAUGGUGAUGAGAAGUCCUCUCGGACUCUUCAAACAGCCUAUACAUUGUUGACGGGAGGGCAUCACGGCAUUUCUGCUGCCCGCUGAUCUCAGGAUCACCACGUGCGGCGUUAGGAAGGGCGUGCUUACGUCCUGGCAGUGACGGAAGCUCCCUGUGGUGAUAGGCCUCUGGCCUUUUCCUGGGUCUGUGAGAAGCCCCCCCGGGAAGUUUCGCGUGGCCUUCUCAGGCCUUCUCAGCGACGACUGCCCUUACCUCAGGCCCUGGGGGCCUGUGGCACCGCUGAAUGUUGGUGACGACGCCAGUGGUGGGUCUUGUGCCUGCCGGGCACUCAGCGACCAGUCCUGAGGGGUCUGGAUUCCCUUCCAGCUUGUGUCUGCUCGCUGGAAGUGCCUCAUUUGGCCGUGUGACCUCUUUGUCUCUGGCUUGCUCAUUCAUCCUCCCCUCCACCCCCAGCCUGACCCCCUUGGUGUGGAGUGGAGUAACUGAUGUGCACUCAUUAAUGGUUUGUGGGAUUGUGUCCACGGAGGGACGUGCGGAUUUUGAAGUGGAGGCUAGUGACGUACACGACAUGUACUAGAAGUUCUGGGCAGACAAUCAGCUGGAGGAGUGCGGCAGGGAGAAGGGGUGACUUCUGUUGCCUUAACACGUAAUUGCUCAGUGUCUGGAAUACGUGGGGAUCUUUUUUUUAGGUUGUUUUGCUUCCAGAUGUGCACCAAUGCAUUUGGAGUAUGGUGGGUGUGCACACAGCUUUCCCGUACGUAUGACACCACAGCAGCGCCCCCGCUCGGCUCCGUUUGCAUGGCUCCCGGUGCUUGUGGGUGUUGGGCACAAGAGUGUGACACGCAGGGGGCCAGUGUGCCCGGAGGCGUGCUGCAGGGUGUGUUCACCGUGGCCUGCUUCUCCCUUCCGCUUUGGUGAUGAAUGAGUGUCCCCCGCAGCAGCAGGGACCGUGACUGUGCCUGCACUUGUGCCUGGUGACGAGUUUCUCUAAGUGUGAUGAACGUCUUCGAUACGUUGUUGUAACUUUAAUAAAUGCUUUAUUACCCUUUAAUUCACCCUGCCCAUGCCUUAAUUUGGGGGACUGUUUAUCUCAACGGGUAGAAAUGGGUCUUGUGAAAUCUUUGAAUACACAUUUCGGGAAAGUUUCUCGCUGGAAAGUUUCUAACAAUAUGGAAGGAGGGACUUUUGGGAGCUGCCCUGAAGGAUCUUGCUGUGUUGUAGGGAGGCUCCCAGAAUGUGGCACAGGCUUAUACUGCUGGAUGGAACCUGUUUUACUUAGUGGGGUUUCCAGUUUGAAGAGACCGUGCCCCUAAAGUGUUUGAAACCCAUGGCUUUCAAGUAAGGUGGCAUCCCUACAGUGCUCUGCAGGGGGGAGGUGCUGGAGAACUGUGGGAAAAACCAUGGUCUCUGGGCCCAUGUUAUACGUGACUUAUUUUGACAGCGGGAGGGAUGAACCCAGGAAUGGAUGAACUAAAUAAAGACAUAUCUCAUAUCUCAGUGAUGCUCUAGCACGUUCUCAGUGUGUGUGAUUUCAGAUAUUUUCUUCAUUCUCCACCCCGACCCCCCCUCACCCUCAGCCACAUACACCACCCCCCCCACACACACACCCCUCCUGCUCUAUUGAAAAGGUGGCUUGUCUCUUGUCUCAAAACCAGCUCAAUUUGUGUGGCAGAAUUGCUAGUUUUCCUUCACUGUCCAUUUUUUAUCUGUGAUAAUAGAACCCACAGUUUUAGCUGGACACUUAAAUUCCCAGAAUAGUCUUCAUUUUCCAGUCUCCUGUAUGGUAGGUGUGGCUGUUUGCCAGAACUCCUUUCCGAAAUUCUGUUAAAGUGAUAGGGAAUUUCACUUUUUUAAAAAAAAGUAUAAAUCCCUUAAGAUGACUGAAUGGCAACAAAAUUUUGGAACCUCAAGAAAAUAGAUGAAUGGUAACUACUACAGACAUAUCUGAGAAAACAACCUUGUAAGAAGUGAGCGUAUCUGAGAAUCUGACUUUACUGCCAAGCUCUCAAAGGCUCUGGGGUCGGCAGUUCCUGGGACCUUAGAAGUGGCCGUGAAAGAGGGUGAGAGUGUGAGGACCGGCGGAGAGCCAGGUCACGGGACCACCAGGAUUCCCCGCUACACACGGUGGGAUGCUUGUGCCUGCCCCGGCCCAGUGGGCCCUGAAGGGAGGUGUGCCGCAUUCAGCCUUCCGUGUGUGAAGUCUGCAGCUGGGUAAUCGGGCUCCUAUCCUGUAGGCAGCAGCAGAGCAGAAAGAGACUUCUUGGGGAAUCUCACCAGCCUGAUGGUGUAGAACCAGGCUAAAAUGGAGUCACUUAUGUCAGGGACAAAAUGUAGACCAUCAGCGCAGGCGCGUAAAGGAAACUUAACCUUACAGGAAUUGAAAGCUCUUCUUAGAAGUCAGGAGAGGACACCAGCCAGCCCCCAAACGCCGGGUCUGUUCACUCUCUGGACUUCUCCCCUCCCCCCCCCCCCCCCACUCCCCGACUCCACUACCCUGAUCCAAAUAAGAAAGAAGACCACUAGGUAACCAAUCAGCUGAAAAAGCAAAACAACUUUUGUAUGUGUCCUUUAGUCUGUGAGCAACUUGGAACUGAUUGCUUUUGGGCCUUGCGUUACCUGGUUUGCAGGCCGAAAACCCUGCAAUAAAUUCAUCUUUGUUUGUUUUUUUUUAAUGUUUAUUUGUUUUUGAGAGUGAGUGCAAGUGGGGGAAGGGCAGAGAGAGAGGGGAACAGAGGAUCUGAAACAAGCUCUGCACUGACAGCAGAGAGCCUGAUGCGGGGCUUGAACCCUUGAACCGUGAGAUCGUGACCUGAGCCGAAAUCAAACAUUUAACCGACUGAGCAACCCAGGUGCCCCUCGUCUUUAUGUUUUAAUUCAUAUGCAGGUAUGUUUUUGACAAAGACCUAACAUACCAGUACUGAAUGUGAGCAAAGAAAUGGUCACAUGUCUUGCAGUGGAUUCCAACAGAUCAAGAGCAUUCUGAGAACAAAGGCCAAAUUUUCCAGAUUAUAAGAGCCAAUGUAGUGCUAACACAACGGAAGACUCUUGGCAGGACAUCACUGAAAUGUCCAUACCGGAGAGAAAAGAUGCUACAGCUUUUGGAGAGAAUCAAUAGGACGCGUACAAAGUAUCAGGUAUUGCCACAUGGGACCGUAGAGGAAUGUGGACCUUGACUUUCAUAAUUCUGGAGGGAAUAUUUUGAGCUAGCUUAAAAGUCAAGCUAAAGAUUUAGUUUCUUUAAAAAUUUAUGUCUCACAUACACCGCAGAAACCACUAGUUAAUGUACUGCUCCUCCAAAAUGAAGUAAACCAAGAAAGGAGAAAACAUGGUAUACAGGAAACGGACCCAACGCCAAGGCGCAAGGUGGAAGCUGGCACAGUGAAAGCUUCCAGAUGGCGGCUGUACAUCAGAAGAGAAGGGAUCCAGUCUCGAUUAGGUGUGAGCGAGCAAGAUGUCUUAGUUAUUAGACUGCUUCUUGCCUCUGAACGUACUUGUACAGGAGUUGGGAUUCAGUUAUUGACAAGUUGCUAGGAAACCAAGGAAAAGAAAAGGGUGGGUGGGAACGAAAAAGCGACCCCGGUAAUACUAGCUGACUCAGCAGGGGUUAGUAUUGACAUGGUCCUAAUAGGAUCAACACUGAGUUUGAACCAUACAGCCAUAAAGCUCUGAAGAGGGUCAGAGGGUGGGGAAGUGUGUGUGAGUGAAAGCUGUACACACGAUCCUCAUUUUCUGUGGGGAGAGAUGGAGGGGUGAAGCCUAAAAGAAAGGCUGAUAAUAUGAGGUAAGAAAGUAACAGCCAAAUGAACCCAGAGAGAGAAGGGGGGAAAGUAAGAAAGAGCAGAAAUUCAUUAAAAAACAAAAACGAGAGGGCAGCAACCAAGCCAAAAUAUGCUUCUUUCUAAGUAAAAUAUACACACCUUCGGAAAGGCUAGUCAAGACAAAAAGGCAUACAAAUCCGUAUUAAAAAGGGCAACGUUACAGAUAAUGUUGCUAUCCAUUAAUACGGAUAUCAUCAACGACUUUGUGAUAAGAAAUGUGAAAGUUUAGAGAACAUGGACAAAUUUCUGGAAAAAUAGAACUUUCUAUGGAGGUGCUCUGACAGUAACCACAGCCUCCACCGCUCUGCAGGAAGUGUCAUUGGAGCACCUGCCUCAUAAGUCUUGGCGCGUCUCCUUUAAGAGGAAGCGAAGCCCCGCCCCGUGUGGAAAUGUCAUUUCCCGGCGCCCAUUUUGGUGACGUCACACAGCGUGGGGCCAGUGAAAAGCGGGGAGGGUGUUCCCGUGCUCGCGAACUAGGAGGGGGCGGGGCCUCUGGUGCCGAACUCUCGGCGGUCGGGCGGGGUCUCGCGGUGCCGGUGAGCCGUCGCGGAGAGGGCGGGCGGGGCGGGAGCCUUCAGGACCCGCUGCCCGCGGACGUGGCCUGGUGUCGGCCCCGGGAGGAGAGGGACCACCCCCCACCCCCCACCCCCCGCCCCUCCGGACAAGGCUGGGAGCCCGCCGCGCGGUGAUGCGACGGGGCCGGCUCCCUCGGGCGGGGUGUUUUGUCAGUGUCUCGGGGCGGGGCGGCCGGGCGGGUCCGGGCGAGGCGUGGCCGCGGGUAGAACCUUGCGUGUGCGGAGGUGUGCGAGCGAGGCUUCGGCCUCCGCGUGAACCAGCUCCGAAGCAGCCGCGGGGAGAGAGCCUGCGGAGGGGCCGCCAAGUCCGGGGGCCGGGGAGGACCGUCCCCGCCCGCGCCGGCUUCCACGCAGGAGCGGGGCGGCUGGGGCCGCCUUUCCCGGGAGAAGACACAGCAGACGCGAGCGGGCCGCCCACAGCUAGCAGCACGGUUCCCACUGGAGAACAGCCUCGUGGGCGCAGCCAGUGUGGGAAGGCAUCCGGGGAAGGUGCGAGAGAAUGGCUCCCGAAGCGCCGUAGUGCUGGCGCCUUAGCCACAGCUGAGCUCACUCAGCCAGCAUCAGGAUGUUCACACCGGAGAGAUUGCCUUUGAAGGCGCAGAAUGAAUUGCUAUAAUGCAGCGCUGGGCAGUUCCCAGCCUAGAAAGCUGUUAGGAGUGCAGCGGAUGUGGGAAAACCUUCUGCCAAGGCCACAUUUGUGCUGCACAAGAGCUUUGGAAGGAUGACUAGUGUGCGAAAGCGUUAAGCUGCAGAUCCGGCCGCCUUCACCUCUAGCAGAUUCACACUCGAGGAAGACCUUAUGAAUGCAGAGGGGGACGAAGGCCUUGCACCAGAGUCUUCCUCAUUCAGCACCAGAAAAGUCUCCACAAAGGCCUUCUGAGCGCAGCCAGCCAGUGUGAGAUAACCUUCAGCCAAGGGCCUUACCUCGUUCAGCAGCACACUGGAGAAAGGCUUUAAGUGUGCAGGGAAUGCGUUCUCCUUGUCGAGCGUGACCCAAUGCGCAGGAGAGAACCUCUGAGAACAGCCUCUGAGAGGAUGCAAUCGGCCGGAAGUUGAACGUCGUAGGGUUACACACCCACGCUGGCUAUAUUCCUAAUGAGUGCCAGGUGUGUGGGAGGCUCUUCCGAGCUUCGAUCACUUUCUGACCUGCGGGGACCCCAGCCAAAGUUCUUUCUCAGUGCCUGCGACAGAAGCCCCAUCACCAGCUCUGCCAGCUGGGAGGGACUCAUCUCACUGCUCUUCCCAGUCCCUGGGGACACUCAGAAGCAGCCUGAGGCCACCGGUGGACUUUAUUCUCUGCUUGACUAGGAUCUAUGUGUGUCUCAGCUCUGGCGAGGAGGACUUCAGCUGGGCUCGUUUUGUGGCUUAUAGGGAUCGUUUACCUUUUUUUCAGAGAUAUUAUUGGCCUCAUAGGGCUCUUUGUUGGCUUCGUCCAGCUUCCAGGUCAAACUUCCCAAGGAACUGCCUUCCUCCCGUUAAUCUUCUGGGUGUGGAAAUAAAAGCCUUAUUGUUUAAGCCA